AUGAGUCCGUUCAUGGGAGAGCAGCGAGCUUUCUGCGUUCGCGCCUUUUAUGAAAACAAUCGCUCAUACGUGACUGUUCGUCGGCUUUUUCGGGUAAAGUUUGGAUUACGCAACAUCACCGAGUGUCCAAGUACGAAUGUAAUCAAAAAAUGGAUCGUAACAUUCGAGGCAACGGGAUCAAAGCAAAAACUUCGACCUACAGGACGCCCACGUUCCAUGCGGACUGCAAAAACAAUUGAACGCGUACAAGCUUCUGUGCGCGAGGAUCCAAGAAGCUCUACACGGAAACGCGCUGCGGCCCUGGGAUUUGGUCGUUCGUUUAUAAAUGAACGUUUGAAAGUUUUCAAUGACGGCAGUGUACAAUGCCACCAAAAAAAUCUAACUAACCUCCACAAUGCCCGUAGCAAAAAAGCUCGACAUCGACGUCUUGAAAGAGCACACGAAUCAGUUGAACAAAGAGAAGAAAGAAAUGCAGCUCGAAGAAUCCAUAUAGCAGAUAUUCGUGCACAUGGAUCAAUGCAACAACAUGAUAAUCAUCUACAAGACUAUUUAUCAAGAACAAGAACGGCACGUGAACAACACAUAGAUUCAUUUAGACAACGAAACCGAGAAAGUCAACGGACCAGCCGUGCAUUAACACGAGAAUCAAUUAUUCGUCUGGCGUUUAAUUAUGCACCAGACAUUAAUUACUCAGCUGAUCCCAAAGUUACCAUAGGCCAAAUGUACCAUAAAAUUGGAUCAUUGAUGCCAAUGCCAAAUGAAGAUCCAAAAUUUCUCCAAAUCUACUUCAUGGGCAGUUGUGAAGAACGUGUGACAACUCGAUGCCAGUAUAAUUUUAUUGAACAAGCAGAAGAGAGAGCAAUUGUAGUAUUGUUGGAAAUAUUUUUAGAGAACCGUAUUCAUCUGGUUCAACUGUUCAAAAGAGUAUCACCACAAUUGAAAAAUGACAAUUAUCAAAAUGUCAUCAAAGCUGACAAAGUACCAUCAGGAGAGCACGCUGGCAGAUUCAAUGCGACAACCGCAGAUGAAGUUGCUAUUAUUAUGGUCGGUGAUCCAGUUGACAACAGAUCUAUUAAAAUUACACAUCGAGAUAAUACAGUGAGUAAAAUUUCAGAUAUACACCGUUUGUACGACGCACUCCAGUACCCAUUGAUAUUCUGGCAAGGACAAGAUGAAUAUCACAUCAAUAUCAAACAGUGUGAUCCAAUCAAUGCUAAAUUACUAUCAGAGGAAUACAUCCACUUACGAGAUGCUGUUGUUGGAAACAUCGAUGGAAACUUAAACACCAAUGAAAUCGGCAGUGCAGUUAUUUUACCUUCAAGCUACAUCGGUAAUCCACGAAACCUGCAAGAAUACAUUCAGGACGCGAUGACUUAUGUCCGUUAUUACGGGUGUCCAGAUUUGUUUAUAACAUUUACGUGCAAUCCAUUGGGAGGAAAUACAAACUUUAUUAUUACCAGGUCAACAGUCGAUACAUCGUCACGACAUUACUGCACAAGUGUUUAA